UGCGGCGGUCGUGGCGUGGCGUUGCGGUGGUCGGGCCGGGCCGGCGCCGCUGCUGCUGCUGCUUAGGCGGUGGGUGAAGAGGGAAGAUGGACGCGGCUACUUUAACCUAUGAUACACUCAGAUUUGCUGAGUUCGAAGAUUUUCCUGAGACCACUGAACCUGUUUGGAUCCUGGGUAGAAAAUACACUAUUUUCACAGAAAAAGAAGAUAUCUUAUCAGAUGUGACUUCGCGGCUUUGGUUCACGUACAGGAAGAAUUUUCCAGCCAUUGGAGGAACUGGCCCCACCUCUGACACAGGCUGGGGCUGCAUGUUACGGUGUGGACAGAUGAUAUUCGCCCAAGCCUUGCUCUGCAGACAUUUAGGCAGAGAUUGGAGAUGGAAAAAAGGGAGGAGACAGACAGACAACUAUUUCAACGUUCUCAACGCCUUCAUUGACAAGAAGGACAGCUACUACUCCAUCCACCAAAUAGCUCAAAUGGGUGUUGGAGAAGGAAAAUCAAUAGGCCAGUGGUAUGGACCAAACACAGUUGCCCAAGUACUCAAGAAACUUGCUGCUUUUGAUACAUGGAGUUCAUUGGCAGUUCAUAUAGCUAUGGACAACACAGUAGUGAUCGAAGAAAUUAGAAGGUUAUGCAAGCCCAACUUCCCUGCAGGUGCCUCUGCAUUUCCUACAGACUCAGAAUUCCUGUUGAAUGGGUUCCCUUCAGGAGCUGAGGUCACUAACAGACCGACACAGUGGAAGCCAUUGGUCCUGCUGAUACCUCUCCGCCUGGGGCUCACAGAAAUCAAUGAAGCUUACAUCGAAACGUUGAAGCACUGUUUUAUGAUGCCCCAGUCCCUGGGAGUGAUUGGCGGGAAACCCAACAGUGCUCACUACUUCAUUGGAUAUGUCGGCGGGGAGCUGAUUUACCUGGAUCCCCACACUACCCAACCUGCAGUGGAGAUCAGUGGCAGCUGUUUCAUUCCCGACGAGAGUUUCCACUGCCAGCACCCUCCCUGCAGAAUGAAUAUUGUGGAGCUUGACCCAUCCAUCGCAGUGGGUUUUUUCUGCAAAACUGAAGAAGACUUCAAUGACUGGUGCCAGCAAGUCAAGAAGCUGUCUCUGAUCCGAGGAGCCCUGCCGAUGUUCGAGUUGGUGGAGCAUCAGCCCUCCCACUUCUCCUCCCCUGAUGUUCUCAACCUGUCAUUAGAUUCUUCAGAUGCUGAGCGACUGGAAAGAUUCUUCGAUUCAGAAGAUGAAGACUUUGAAAUUUUGACCCUUUGAAAAGACUCAAGCAACUAACUUGACAAAUCCGUGUUAUGUGUGAGGGAGGAAGGGGGGAGGGAAGCUCCUUUGAGAGCCUGGGGCUACCGGUUUUCAUAGGCGCCUGAUGGCAUCACAGCGUUUCAUCCAUCCCAGCGUGUUUGUGUGCAGCCUCAGGGCGGAGGGGUCAUUGUCUGCAUUCUGCAUUUGGAUCAAGAAAUAUGUCAUCAUUGGAAGCCUUAAUGCUUGGAGUCAGGAUUCCUCAGCACAAAACACUUUUUCAGGAAAUGGAUGCAUUGGUGCCUCUGUGUAGAAAGGUCUUGUGCUGGAGCAUCAAAUAGCUCAUGCAGGUGUAGUCUGGAGCUCUGAGAGCAGAAAUCUUUACACAGCACUGGAGAAUUCUCCUCUCAACACUGCCAGCCCCUCUUUAGAAAACACAGAUCUCACGUUCCCUUUAUUCUUUGGUUUUCUCGGUUAUGGUUUCUUUGGAAUUUCACUUUCAUUUUCUUCAGUGAAAAGAAAUGGAAGACUGUGCUGGGGUGUUCCAAGCUGAAGUUGAUGAAGACAGGCAGAGCCUGCUGAAUCAGAAGUGGAUGAUCAGACAAACAAGUCAUACCGUAAUAUGCCACAUUCUGAUACUGCACUUGCUUAGUAUGCAGUAUUUUCUUCCAGACACAGUCUUUUUUAUUGUUAUUUUUAUUUAAACUCUUGUGCCCAGCUCCUACCCGAAAAGACUACUUCUGGUAUGGAAAUGGGGUUUAAUGAUUAAAGACGUAGGUUCCUUCUUCCUUAAAAGAAAAACAAAACCCCACUGAUAGCAGAACCUAACCACAGUACUGGCUGUUUAAAAAAAAAAAAAAAGGGUGAAGAAGGCUUAUUUUUCAAAAAAGAGGAAAGUCAGUGGGAUAUGCCACGCCACAGUAAAAUGGCAAAAAAUCAAAUGCUGAUUGCUGCUAUUCCAAAGAAGUCUGGACACCUGAGGAAGUAGGGUGUGUGUCCAUUUGUAAAGUAUUCUGAUUGGGCAGCACCCCAUGAUGAUUGUUGCUCUCCAGCCAUUUUUUGUUUUUAUUCCAAAGGGGUAGGACAGAGCCUGCAAGGAAAAGGAGUUUCUGCCAAAGAAGGAAUGGUGGAGCCCAUUGGAACGUGCAGGAGUGCGAGCAGAAAAUCCAAGUUAGAGAAGUGCAGCCCUGUGAUAUUGACUCACUAAUGAGCUUCUGUGUGGUACCGAGUUGUUGGAAAGAGGAAGUAACUCAUGACCCAUGUCCACUCUUCUUAGGUAGGUUUCCUACCCUAUUUAAAAGUCAACAAAAAGACCUUGCGUCAGGGAAUCGAAUAGCUGGUUCGCUUCAUCCUGCUGCUUUACACUGCAAAAAUAAGCGUUGAAAAGACGAGGCAAAUGGCUCCGUAUUGGUAGUCCCCUAGUACCUCAGACUACCUUUAGGCGAUCACCCAGGCCAAUUCAGUGACGUGGCUUCAGCUGGUUUUCUUUCUCCACUGUGAUAACUGGCACUUCCAAAUUCCACUCGGGUUCAGCUGAAAGCCAUUUUAAACCCAUAAUUUUCUGGGUCUUGGUUCCCGCUUCCACCCGCAUUCCGGUGUGAACUUGCCACUUUACUGCUCUGGUCACUCCAUUAAGAAAUGUAAAUAGGCCAACAGCACCGUGUGUUACUCUCGCACUUAGGGGAAGUAGUUGAAAAGUGUUGUCGCUCUUUUGAGGGGACAUGUUUACAACACUUUGUUCAUCUGUAAAAAAAUUAAUCACAGUAUUUGCAGAAAUACCAAAUGCCGUUAUCUUUUUGGCUGCUAUGCUUAAAGGGUGGAGGUGGGGAAAUGAUUAAGCAGUGCUCGAGCGAUUCCCAUUCAUUUCUAUAGCUGCGAAGGUUACCCACCCCACGCCGUGAAUCCAGUUCUGCAGCUGGCGAUGGGCAGAAGAGACCCAACCUGCUCAGCACCGAAUUCAACCGUACCGUUUUCUCUCCCCAACUUUCUUCCACCCAUCUUCCCUGGCUGGUGAGGGUAGAGGAGAAAGGAGAGCGGGGAAGCCAUCCAUUCGUUUAGUGCUUUUCACUUUUAUCUGAAUAAAUCAAUUAUAAGCUUCUCCAAACCCUUGGGUUUCUGAAGCUCUACUCUGAACACAGACUGUGAGUGAUGAACCCUUUGGGAGGAUGUGUUGUCGGUUGAAGUCCACCUUGGAUCCCAACCACAGCCAGUUAAAAGAACAAGAGGCUUGUAGUAUUUUAUGUAUGUUUUAGGUGGGGGAUUUUUAUGAAAAUGUGAGGAGAAACAUUGACGUGUUCAUUCCUUGUAGUCUGGUGUGCAGUUUUCAGAUCCAAGUACAUUUUACAAUCGGUAUCUUGGGUUCAAGAGAAGUCAAGAUGCAGAAGUUAUUUUUAAAGCUGAUGGUUUCAAAUGAAUGAUAAAUUUUAAAGAAAUGAAGAUUAUGACAAAUGAGUGCUGAUAUAAAGGAAUUCAUAGCUAAGAUAAAUACCACCUCCCAUCAUGUGCACACUGUUUUAUUUCCAAUUUAGGGCUAUCCUUCUGUGGUCCUUCAAAGGCUGAUCUGUUGAAGAAAGGCUUUGUCCUAAAGGAAAAAGGUGAAAUUAGGAAAACGUGUAGGGAAUUGGAACACUACAGAUGGUGUGCUUAUCCUCAGCAGCUGGAUUACUCAGUGCACUGACAGUUAUCUGAAUUAAAAAUGGAAAAGUUUGCUAUGGAAAGCUGCCAAUGGUGUGUUCUUCAACGUUCUUUAAAAAGUUGAAUUUAUACUUUAGAGUUUAGGGCCUGUUUUCACUUCUAUUUGUAAAUCUCAGGGGAUUCCUCCGUUAUACCCUUGUUGUUCAUUCCUUGAUAGUGCAUUGUACCACGAUAGAUUAUUCUUAUGUUUAGGCCCUAGUUGUGAGCAAGAAACUGUAUAUAGGCAGUGUGACAUUAUGUAGCCAAAUAUCUGGUUUAAGUCCCAAAUAUCACAAAAGCAGUUUUAUGCUAAAUUUACACACACACACACACACACCCAUCACUUAUUUUUUUUUCCUUACCAAAUCUGUUAUGUGAACUAACUGGUUUCUGUUUCAUCUUUUGUUUCCCUGCCCACCUCUGUUUGGGGUGAUUAUGAUUUAUGAAAUGGAAAAAUCAGGGGAAAAAUAGGAAUUUAUGGGCUUGGCAAAACCACAAAUGGAAUAAACAAUCCCUAAAUGAAGGAAUGUAGGAAUGAAGUUCUUUUGAGAAGUCCACAUAUAGGGGGAAGGGCUGUUGUCAAAAGCCUAAGGCUAGAAUCUGGGUUUUUUACACAGAAAUUAUGGUUGCCAUGCUUCUACUGACCUUUACAACUGUGAACUCCACACAGAUGUGUGUGGUGCUUAGGUCACAUGUUCCUCUAAAUAGGGUUUGAACUCCAUGGAUCAACCUCCCAGUUUCAAUUUUUUGAUCGUGUGGUUUGUCUUCCCCCAGUCCAAAGGCCUGGAAAAAAAAAGCUACUGGGGAGAAAGGUAUUUUCAUAUAUUGUGUUCAUUUUAUUGCCCUUCAUAUUUGAAAAUGACCCUGACUCCAUGGCAACUUGUGUGUAUGACUGCAACCACAAUGAAACCACUCAUAAAUGCUUCAAUACACUGAAUUCCUAUGUAA